AAGCUCCUGGAACAACUUCCAACCCCAUUUAUACCUUGCCUCCCGUUCCCAUUUUAUCAAAUCAUUCUGAGCCUGCCUGCUCAAAUUUUCAUCUUCCAUUUCAUUCUCAAGCCUCAACGAUCGAAAGCGAAAUGGCUGUUCCGGAAGUAAACAAGAAACUCCUUGAAGAACUUGAAGACAUGGGAUUUCCAAGGGCACGGGCAACACGAGCACUUCAUUAUUCUGGUAAUUCUAGCUUAGAGGAAGCUAUAAGUUGGGUCAUUGAUCAUGAAAAUGACUCAAACAUUGAUGAGAUGCCAUUGGUAGCUCUGGACAUUGAUGUCGACUAUCAACCAUUCCAUAUCACAGAACAAAUGAGAAUAAAGGCACAGGAACUAAGGGAUCGAGUGCGCGAGAAGAAAGAAGAAGAAGAAAAGAAAUUGGAAAGACAAAGGGAGAGGGAGAGGAUUCGAGCCAGUAAGGAACUCACUGAGGCAAAGCGAAUUGCAGAAACAAAUGCAAGAGAACGUUAUUUAGCCUCAUUGAAAACAGAGAAGGAGGAAGAGAAAAGAGCAAGGGAGAAAAUUCUGAAAAAACUAGAGCAGGAUAAGGUAGAAAGAGGAUUUGGAGUUAGAUUGCCACCACAAAGGCCUGCAGCUUUAAACUCUUCUCCUCCUUUGUUGCAGGAAAAAAAGACCUCAGUUCCUUUGAAAUCUGUUACUAAGGCAGAGCAAAUGAGAGAAUGUUUAAGGUCUCUUAACCACAAUCACCGGGAUGAUGGCUCCAGAGUUAGGAGGGCCUUCCAAACUCUUCUGAUCUAUGUUGGAAAUGUUGCCAAAAAUCCCGAUGAGGAAAAAUUCAGGAACAUCCGACUUAGUAACCCUUUAUUCCAGGAUAGAGUUGGGACUUUGAGUGGAGGUCUGGAAUUUCUUGAGCUAUGUGGGUUUGAGAAAACAAAAGAAGGCGAGUUUUUGUACCUUCCUCGUGAUAAGGUUGACAUGGCAGUACUAAACACAGCUGGGUAUGAAUUGAAAUCUGCAAUGACCAAUCCUUUCUUUGGACUUCUAAGCCGUUAAGAGAAGAUUGUACUGAGAUAUCAGUUCAUUGAUAGAAAAUUUGGCUACAAAUGGAACAGUGAUUACCUACUUGGGAAUUCCAUGUAUAUAUAUAUCUUGUGUUAGGUUUCCUCGCCAUGGUAUAAGAAAGGUACUGUUCAAAACUAAGA